AUGCAGGGCGUGUCGUUAGCCUAUACCUUCUUCCCAAACAAAACUAACAAACUCUUCGAGUCAAGUUUACUAAAAUAUUGCGACGCGUCGCUCGUGGCCGACCUCCAGCAGCCUGCUGCGGCGGACAUGCCCUUCGGGCGAUUGCUUCGGGACUCUCUUUUUAUACUGAAUACGUUCUCCGUGAUGCUAUCGUGGGUAAUCAUGGGAUUCAACGAGCCAACUUUGGGGCCCUAUCUCGAGCAGUUUGGCCUCAGCAACACGGAAGUCGGCGUUUGCUUCAUGGUGCAGUACGCCAGCUACGCAGUCGGAUCUUUGAUCUCGGGAAUGUUCUGCCAAUUCCAGAUGGAAAUAUUUUUCAAUUUCGCCUCUUUGCUCCUCACGGCAUUGUCGUUUAUGAUUAUUGGACCGGUGCCUUUUCUGCCAUGCCAACCGAGCCUUUGGAUGCUAUACGUCUCGCUAGUCCUUAUGGGAAACGGAAUGGCGGCACUUUUUGUUUGCUCUUACUGCCAAGCCCUAAGACGUGCCACAGAGCUCGGUUAUCCUGACAACCUUCGCACCUCUGGAUUUGUAUCAUCUGUUCUUUUUCCUUCCCUCGUAAUUGGAGGUUUAGCUACUUCGCCAAUUGCUGGAUACUUGGUCGACACCUUCGGCUACAGGAAAGGAUCUAUGUUUAUGUUUGUUACUCUCUUGACGUGGGGUACGAUUAUCAGUUUGGAAUGUCUCGAAAUGACUCUUAAGACUUUUCAGCACUAUUGUCCCACGCCAGAACGCUACGAUCAUCUUUUCGACUACGGUAACCUUUAA